UCUCCUUGCUCCUUCUUGUUGCGUGUUUUUUUUUUUUCCUUCUUAUAACAGAAACAUUUUCCUUCCAUCAGGAAUCUCUGGCGCGGUGUAGGGAUGAUUUAGAACAAGUCAUUGGAUUUCUACCUCACCGCUCUCUCUCGCUCGCUCGCUCUCUCGCUCUCACCCUCGUUCUGCGUUCUGUCCGGGAGGAGUACCGAGAAGCCAAUAGGAUGCGUGGUCUCUAAUGGAUGCAAAUGAUCAUGAAAAGACAGUGCAAAAUAUGAAACAACUCAUUUGCAGGGGAGUAAAUCACCGAAAACUGUUUAUGAACUGGCAUCCUUUCUUCGAAAUGUAAAGCGAGGACCUCCGAACGCGGCGGUAUAUUUUUGUUUGGGGGGUGGGGGGUGGGGGGAGGGCGAGCGAGCCGGCUGCCAUGCGAGCGUAGACUUUCGGAGGCUCCGCCGGCCCUUCUGUUCCUGGAAAUCACCAAAAAGUGCGGCGGCUCCGGGAUCGUCUUCGCCUUUUUUCCUUUCUUUCCUUUUUUCCCCCUCCUCCCUUCCCCUCUCCUUUCCUGGCGAGGGAGGCUAGGAGCCGGCGAAUCCGCGUUUUUUUUUCUUCUCUCUCUCUCUCUCUCUCCUCUCUCUCUCCCUCCCUCUCCCCCUCCCCGCCCCCUCCCCACCAGCCCCCAACUACAGCCGCCGCCGUCGCCGCCGCCGCCUCAAAAUUCAAUAAAAUGAGCUCUUAUUUCGUCAACUCACUGUUCUCCAAGUACAAAACCGGGGAGUCCCUGCGCCCCAAUUACUAUGACUGCGGCUUCGCCCAGGACCUGGGCGGCCGGCCCACCGUGGUGUACGGCCCGAGCGGCGGCGGCGGCUUCCAGCACCCGUCGCAGCUGCAGGAGUUCUACCACGGCCCGUCGUCGCUGUCCUCGGCGCCCUACCAGCAGAACCCGUGCGCCGUGGCCUGCCACGGGGACCCCGGCAACUUCUACGGCUACGACCCGCUGCAGCGCCAGAGCCUGUUCGGCGCGCAGGACCCGGACCUGGUGCAGUACGCCGACUGCAAGCUCGCCGCCGCCAGCGGCCUGGGCGAGGAGGCCGAGGGCGCCGAGCAGAGCCCGUCGCCCACCCAGCUCUUCCCCUGGAUGCGCCCGCAAGCAGCCGCCGGACGCAGGCGAGGCCGCCAGACCUACAGCCGCUACCAGACGCUGGAGCUGGAGAAGGAGUUCCUGUUCAACCCCUAUCUGACCCGCAAGCGGCGGAUCGAGGUGUCGCACGCGCUGGGACUGACGGAGAGACAGGUCAAAAUCUGGUUCCAGAACCGGAGGAUGAAGUGGAAAAAGGAGAACAACAAAGACAAGUUCCCCAGCAGCAAAUGCGAGCAGGAGGAGCUGGAGAAGCAGAAGCUGGAGCGGGCGCCGGAGGCGGCGGAGGAGGGCGACGCGCAGAAGGCCGACAAGAAGUAGGGGCUCCCUCCGCCUGGGACUGCCAGGGCCGCGGCCGCCCUCCGCCCUCCGCCCGCCGGUCCCCCCCGACCGGCCGACCGCGCCGCCGUCCACCGCCCGCCCGCCGCCCGCCCGCGAGCUCCGGUCCCGCGAGCGGGGCCCGGAGCCCGGCCUCCCGCCGCAGCGUCCCCGCCGCCAGUCCCGCUAGUGGUAGAUUCUGUAAUAGCUUCUGUGUGUGAGCUGCCGUGGACCCUUCCCUGCCGGGCCGGGGGGAGACAGGACUGAGAGCAAGGACGCCCUCGCCCAGCGAGGGUGAGCGGUGGCCGCCGGCUGAGCCCCCUCCCGCGCCCCCGCCCCGUGUACAGAGCCUCCUUGUGCAAUGAGCCCCUUCCUCUGACCGUGCUUCCUUGUAACGACCGAGGUACCGAUCUCUGCUAAGUUCUCCCAACAACAUGAAACUGCCUAUUCACGCCGUAAUUCUUUCUGUCUCCCCUCCCACUCUCUCUUUCUCUCUCUCUUUCUCUUUCUCUCUUUGCCCCCCCCUCUCCCCCCAAUCCUCCUUCCUCAUUUCCUCCUCCCACCUUCCCUGGCCCCGCAGCCCCUACCUAGCUCGCUGGCUUUCUCUCUCUCUGGCUUCUCUCUUUCCUCCCCCCCCCCCUUCUUUGAUUUGACAAUUUCGUCUUAAGUGUUUCUCAAAAGAGGUUACUUUAGUUAGCAUGCGCGCUGUGGGCAAUUGUUAAAAGUGUUCCUAGGUUUACUGUGAAGAGAAUGUAUCCUGUAUCCGUGAAUUGCUUUAUUGGGGGGAGGGAGGGGAGGGGAGGGCUAAUUAUAUAUUUUGUUGUUCCUCUCUACUUUGUUCUGUUGUCUGCGCCUUGAAAAGGGCGGAAGAGUUACAAUAAAGUUUACAAGCAGGAACCCGA